GAAUGUCCCUCUCGGCGCACGGUGACGGCAGCAGCGCGUGUGUUGUGAUUCCUAUGGAUGCAAACACCGAAAAUAUUUCUCACGUUUCACUUAAAUAAGAAAUAUAUGAGUUCCAGCUUUGGGUAAAUUGCAAGACGGGAUGAAAUAGUAUAUUCUGAAAGCGUGUCUUCUAAACAAUUUAUCCAAUUGUGAAUGUUUUUCUUAUCUAAUGCAUGUGUUCUGUUAGCGCAGAUCUCAUGCUUUGUGUGUUUUAUGUGUAUUGUUGUAUUCUUCUGGGUUCAGAUCUGUGUAUGUGAGCACAGAUAUGAUCUUCCUCUCUGUGUCCGAUGUUUUCUGGAGGACUGAUGCCUAGAAUCAACAGGACAUUUGUUUUGGCUCUCCUCAUCUCAUUCAGCUCCAUAUUUCUCCUCUUCCAGCUGUACUACUACAGACAGUAUGCAUCAAAGAACGGAUUUAACAUUUCGGGCGGUAAAGGAUAUAUUUCUGGCAAAGAAGAGCAUUUGCAUUUGUUGAAGAAGUUCUUGGGGCUGGUCCGUAAGUUUCAGUUGCCUGUGUUUCUGGUGGACACUGCCUCGCUGAAUCUCCUGUCCCAGGAUGACCUUCUUUACAAGGCCAGUCGGCAGAAAGAGCCUCCGUGCAGUUUUCUGUGCACACACAGAGACUUCACCACCUUUGCCCUGCUUGGAAAUCUCUGGAAAUACGAUGAUGCCCUGUUGCAAGCAGCAGAGGAACGGGGUCUGGAAGUGUUGGAGAUACGUGGGAAAGAUCCCAGGCUGAUUAGCAUGGAUGAUUUGACGGGAAAUGAGAUACCGCUGCACUUCCUGAUUCGUUUUAACAAUCGUGUAGUUCAUGUGGUUGUUCUGUACGAGCGCAGUGGAAACUACCUCUGGCACGGACCCCUCAGACUGAAAGCAAGUGCGGACAAAACCUUCAUCCCAUUCGGAAAGCUGGACUUUGGCCGGCACGCAGGGGCUUAUGACAGACCUGAGCUCAUCCUUACGACUCUUGACAGGCUUGAUGUACGAACCCCUAAAAACCACUCUCGUUUCCUUAUAGACCAUUCCAACAGCCGCUUUUUGGAGUGUCGCUGCAAAGAGGCUAAAACUUUCUUUCAGCUGUAUCCGGACGAGACCUCCCCAGAGGUGAUGGACUUCAAGAUGAAGGCUAAAAGUCUUCUUCAUCUCGCUUCCAAAGUCCUCUCUGCGCUUGGGGUGCCAUUCUGGCUGAGCAGUGGAACCUGUCUUGGCUGGUACCGGCAGUGUAAUAUUAUCCCCUACAGUAAAGAUGUUGAUCUGGGCAUUUGGAUUAAAGAUUACAGGCCUGACAUCACACAGGCGUUUCAGAAGGCUGGUCUCCCUCUUAAACACCACUUUGGGAAGGUGGAGGACAGUCUGGAGCUGUCGUUUCAGGGAAAUGAUGUCAAACUAGACAUUUUCUUCUUUUAUGAUGAUGGUGAUGUUAUGUGGAAUGGAGGCACACAGGCAAAGAGUGGCAAAAAAUUCAAGUAUGUGUUCCCCCGAUUCAGUCUGUGUUGGACUGAGUUUGUCGAUCUAAAAGCGCGAGUUCCCUGCGAGACUCUGGACUAUGUGACGGCCAACUACGGACCCAAAUGGAAUAUUCCGGUGAAGGUGUGGGACUGGAAGAGUUCUCCUCCUAACGUGCAGGAGAACGGAGUCUGGCCGGUGAGAGAAUGGGAUGAUGUCAUCCAGGUUUACUGAGGAGACACCGGAGUGACAGUCUAUACUUCUGAUUUUUAAUUGUUUUUAAUGCAAAACUGCAUCACGAACCACAUCAAGCUACUACAAACCUAUAAACUGGAUUAUGUGUAAAAAGACCUGGACUGUCUUUGUUACACUAAAAAUAAAUGAAUGAGGUACGGAAUACAGAAAUAUUCCUGAUUUCGCCAAGUAAACAGGCGUGUCCUGUACGGAUGGCUGUAGUGAAUUUCUAUAUGAAUAUUAAUAUGUUCAGAGUGUAUAAACUGCAGUUAUAUACUAUCAUGGCUACUGAUGUUUGAGUUUUAUGAAAUAAAAAGUCCUGU